AUGGCGCAAGUAGCGGAUGAAUCCAAAGCGAUGGCUUCUGAGGUUUUCCUCAGCAAGUAUCGCAAAAUCAAAUCUAUUGGUAAAGGUAGCUUUGGUGAGGCUGUACUAGUACGAUCAAAAGCUGAUGGAAAACGUUAUGUUGUAAAAGCCAUUGAAUCUGCUUCCAUGACCGCAAAGGAAAAACGUGAUGUACAGAAUGAAAUUCGAAUUCUUUCCGCUGUGAAUCAUCCAAAUAUUAUUCGAUACCACGAACAUUUUGAAGAUGGUACACUUAUUUUUAUUAUCAUGGAGUAUGCAGAUGGUGGAGAUUUAAAUAGCCGUAUUAAAGAGGCUAAAAAACAAGAUCCACCUAAACCUUUUGAUCCAAAAUUGGCUAUGUUUUGGUUUUUACAAAUAUGUAUGGCUUUAAAAUACCUUCAUGAUAAUCAUAUCCUUCACCGUGAUUUGAAAACUGCAAAUAUUUUUCUAACUUCUCGAAAUGUUGUGAAAUUGGGUGAUUUUGGUAUUUCAACAGUUUUGCAGAAUACUUUGGCAUGUGCCAAAACGGUUUGUGGUACACCAUACUAUUUUUCACCAGAGCUCUGUCAAAAUAGGCCAUAUAAUAAUAAAAGCGAUGUAUGGGCACUUGGUGUUGUUUUAUACGAAAUGUUGACACUUCAACGACCAUUUAAUGCAAAAUCUUUAAAAGAACUUCUUAAAAAGAUUCUUGUUGGACAAUAUGACCCUAUUCCAUCUACUGUACCUGCUGAAAUGCGUGGGUUAUGUGCGGCUCUCUUGCAAGUAAAUCCAGUUCAACGUCCUAGUAUAAAUAGGAUAUUAGAGAGUGCUUUUGUUCAGGAGUCAUUAAAAUCAUUUAGCGCAGAUCUUGAAAAGCAAGCUGAAAAGGAGCGUGCUGAAUUUGAAGCGAAACGUCCACCACCUCCUAAGAGUACACCAGUUCGUACACAGGAGAAACCAAAGGAAGUACCUCAACCUCCUCCAAUGAGUGAACGUGAACAAAUGGCUAUGUUGCGCGGUAUGAAAAGGGAAACUAUGAAGGCUAUGUUGGCUCAGCAAGCUGCCGCUACACCUCCUACACAAGAAGAACCUGCCACACCCGCACAAGAUGACUCUGGACACCCGGAUGUGGAUGAUGAUGGUGAUUAUAUUGAACAAAAACAGGCUAUUGUUCAACAAACUAAAGGAAUUGUUGGUAACACUAAUCUGGGAGGUCAUCCGGAAGAGUUUGGAGAUGGACCAUCCACUGGUACACCGCAGGUAGAUAUGAUUACUCUUUCCAAUGGUGUAUCUGUACCAGCAUCAGAUGUACGAAAAAUUCUUGAGGAGCAAAUGGGCGUGGAUCUUCUUAAUAAGGCUGUAGAGCUUUACAAUAUGCGAAUGAUGUCCAGUGGACUCUCCAACGCCGAAAUUCAGCGUGAGUUAAAUGAAUUACUUGGACCUAAGCAUGCGCAUCACUCAAAUGCCAUUACAAAACUCUGUGUAUAUGAGGGCAAGGAAAAACUGUAG